ACCGCGCUCGCUUCCCUCGCGGGGCAAAGCCCACCCCGCAGGCCUCCCUGCUCCUGAAUGCUGGGGAAAUGUGCACGCGCCCGAUGCCCUCCUGCCAUCUGGGAAGGUCGACAUUCCAAAACCUGCCUGGCGCUGGCCUGUCAGAGGAGGAAUUGCAGCUCGGCGUGAACUGCACAGGCGCAGCCACGCUGCAAGGCUUAACGGAGACGGCAGAUGUACAAAAACGGUCUCGUGCUUGCUUGUCCCGUGGAGUUAGGUGUGUGGGCAGAGGUCGGACAAAGCACUUGCAGCCUAAGAGGCAGGCAGGUGUUCAUGCGCAGACUCAGGGCAGAGUCCUGCUCCAGACCAUCUGUGCAGCUGGCAUUGGUGGAACUUUUCAGUUUGGCUAUAACCUGUCCAUCAUCAAUGCCCCAACCGUGCACAUUCAGGAAUUUACCAAUCAGACAUGGCAGGCGAGGACCGGCCAGCCACUGCCUGACCACCUGAUCCUGAUCAUGUGGUCCCUCAUCGUGUCUCUGUACCCCCUGGGGGGCCUCUUUGGAGCGCUGCUUGCAGGGCCCCUGGCCGUCAUGCUGGGAAGGAAGAAGUCCCUCCUAGUGAACAACGUCUUCGUGGUGGCCGCGGCAGUCCUGUUUGGCUUCAGCCACAGAGCAGGCUCCUUCGAGAUGAUCAUGCUGGGACGGCUGCUCAUGGGCGUCAGCGCAGGUGUGGGCAUGAGCAUCCAGCCCAUGUACCUGGGGGAGAGUGCCCCCAAGGAGUUCCGGGGAGCCGUGACCAUGACCUCAGCCAUCUUCGCUGCCCUGGGGAUCGUGAUGGGACAAGUGGUGGGACUCAGGGAGCUUCUGGGUGGCCGGCAGGUCUGGCCCCUGCUGCUGGCCAGCUGCCUGGUGCCUGGGGUGCUGCAGCUGGCCUCCCUGCCCCUGCUCCCCGAGAGCCCACGCUACCUCCUCAUUGACCGUGGAGACACCGAGGCCUGCCUGGCAGCUCUGCAGCGGCUGCGGGGCACUGAGGACCUGGCGGUGGAGCUGGCGGAGCUGGAGGAGGAGCGCGUGGCCUGUGAGGGCCUGCGGGCCUGGCGCCCCUGGGAGCUGUUCCAGGACCGCACCCUGCGGAGGCAGGUGGUGAGCCUGGUAGUGCUGGGCAGCGCCAUGGAGCUCUGCGGGAACGACUCGAUGUACGCCUACGCUUCCUCCGUGUUCCGGGAGGCGGGAAUCCCCCCGGAGAAGGUCCAGUAUGCCAUCAUCGGGACCGGGUGCUGCGAGCUGCUCACAGCGUGUAUCAGUUGUAUGGUCAUUGAGAGGGUAGGCCGGCGGGUGUUGCUGAUUGGGGGGUACUGCCUGAUGACCUGCUGGGGGAGCAUCUUCACAGCGGCCCUGUGCCUGCAGAGUUCCUUCCCCUGGAUGCCCUACCUGGCCAUGUCCUGCAUCUUUGCCUUCAUCCUCAGCUUUGGCAUCGGCCCCGCUGGAGUGACAGGGAUCCUGGCCACGGAGCUGUUUGACCAGAUGGCCCGGCCUGCCGCCUACAUGGUCUGCGGGGCGCUCAUGUGGAUCAUGCUCUUCCUGGUUGGGCUGGGGUUCCCCUUCAUCAUGGAGGGAUUGUCCUACUUCCUCUAUGUGCCUUUCCUCGUUGUCUGUGUCUGUGGGGCCAUCUACACUGGCUUCUUCCUUCCUGAGACCAAAGGCAAGACCUUCCUGGAGAUCUCCGAAGAAUUGCACAGACUCAACUUCCCCGAGCGGAGCCAGGGCCCCCCGUGGAGGGGCCCCAAGGUCAUCCAGUCCACAGAGCUGUAGCCCCACCGCGGUGGCUGGGGCCGACAUAGCUUCCGCUCCUCCCUUUGCUUCCUGUCCGUUUACUAGCUCCCGUGUUU